CUCCCGCAUCACUGACCGUCCCCUCAGACUAUGAGCUCCAUGCCGGACCACUUAGUCCCGACCGACGCGUCCAAGUCGGCGUUCCUGGAGUUCGGCGGCCACGGCUACCCGGGACCUCAGCAGCCCUCCCCGGGCCUGAGYCACGGCCACUACCCGGUCCACGGCCUGCACUCAGUCGGGGCUCCGCAGCACGACGGGCCCUUCUCGGCCGGAGGAUCCUCCUACGGCCGCUCUCUGGGGUACCCGGCCUACCACGCGCCUGUGAGCGCGCACCAUCCMGGGACAUACCUACCCUAUCAGCACGGGGGCCUGGGACAGUCCAGACUGGAGGAGGCUGAUCACGAGAAGCCCACGACAGUCAUAGAGAACGGGGAGGUGAGGCUGAACGGGAAAGGGAAGAAGAUCAGGAAGCCUCGGACCAUCUACUCCAGCCUGCAGCUCCAGGCACUCAACCAGCGCUUCCAGCAAACUCAGUACCUUGCCCUGCCUGAGCGGGCCGACCUGGCAGCCAAACUGGGCCUGACACAGACGCAGGUAAAAAUCUGGUUCCAGAACAAAAGAUCCAAAUACAAGAAGAUCAUGAAGAACGGGCCCUGCGGACCUGAGGGAGAUCCCCUCGCACCCCCACCACCCUCCUCCUCCUCUCCCUGCUCUCUCUGGGACAUCAGCAUGGCUGCCAAAAGUGCACCAGUGCACUCAGGAGGCUACAUGAACAAUUUUGGACACUGGUACCCAGGACACCAGCAGGACACCAUGCCAAGAACUCAGAUGAUGUGACAAACAGGAUAAAACAGUUUUGGGAUUAACAGACGAGUUUUACCAAAAAGCUCAGCUUUAGAUACGGGACAAUUACAGUGUUUAAAGUCUGAACCAGUCUGGAAGCAAAAAUGUCAUAAGUGGGGGAAARAAGCUGAAAACAUCUAAAAGCAACUGGAAUUUUGUUCUGUAGUUGAAGUUUUGUUUGAAAUCUCACCAGAAGAGAAACGUAAUCAGCUACAGAAUAAACAACUAUUUGCUUUGUUUUUUGUUAUAUUUUAUUUUUUGGGGAAUUUUUCAUGUCUUGGAUGACUGAGAACUUUCACCAGCAUAAAACACAGAUUUACUGUUGCUGCAACGUGUCCUAACCCUUUGAAAACAGAUACCAACRUGCAAAUUUGUAGUUAGAGGAAACUAAAGCUUACCAAAAACAAGUAAAUGAAAGUUUUAAUGAUCUUUCUUUUUUUUUGUCCCCAGACAGCCAUUUUGGAUUAAGCAACAGCUAAUGACAGUACUGUGUCCAGGACAAUAAAUAUAUAAGAUGCUUUCAUUUUGGAUCACGGUGAAACAGAAACGUGUAAAAAUGCUGGUUCCAUCAGACUUCCUGAAACCUUUUUUUUAAUAAACUGUACUGAUUCAAUAAACCUUAGUGGUUUGCUGUUAAGGUGGAUCAGCUUUAAAGAACUAAAUAAAAUCAAGUAGGUUCAUUUGA